AUGUCACUCGAUCAGGUGUCCGGCAAUGGCACUCAAGGUGACUUUGAGCAUCCGAAUCAGAAUCUGCGUCGCGGUAUUAUCAUUGCGCUGUACUUCGCCUUCAUCCUAUCCACAGCGGCCGUUGUCUUGCGCCUGGUGGCAAGAAAGAUCAAUGGAACGAGGUUGUACCUCGAUGAUUAUCUGAUUAUCGUGGCCUUGUUGUUCAAAUAUGGGUGCUCAAUAGGAGUGACCAUUCUCCUGUUCAAUGGCUUAGGAUCGCAUAUAGACAUGAUUCCUGAGAAGAACCUGGAAGUUUACUUUCAAAUCGGAUGGUCCAACUCCUUCGUGUACACCGCAUGUAUCCUCUUCAUCAAGCUCUCGAUUCUCGCCUUAUACAAACGGCUCUUUUCCGUUCCUCGCAUGAUUAUCGUCGCCAAUGCUAUCGCGGCGUUUGUCAUCCUCUGGGCUCUAGGUAUAUUCCUGGUCGGUGCCUUGAUGUGCUUGCCGGUCCAGAAGUUCUGGAAGCCUUCGAUCGAGGGAUCGUGCAUCGACUCAGCCAGUUUCUAUUACGGACAGCAGAUUCCUAAUAUUUUGACGGACUUGGUUAUUCUCAUUAUGCCAUUGAAGAUUGUUUGGGCUCUACCAAUCUCAAAGACGCAGAGACUUUUGCUUUCCGGAGUCUUUAUGGUUGGAGGACUGACACUGAUCUUCGAUAUUGUGCGAUUGGUCGCUAUGAUUGAGUUCACGAAGGCUGGGCCCGAUUUUACCUACAACCAAAUUCCUGUCGUUGUCUGGACAUGCAUCGAAGCAGCGGUAGGCAUCACAGCGGCGUGUCUUCCCAACCUGAAGCCUCUAUUCAAAAUCGCCCACCGUCAAUUUUGGUCUCGGAUCGGAUCGCAGUCCAAGGAGGAGAAUUCCAGAAGAUCCCACGGGCUGUCGGAUGCUACUACCCUUUACGCUUAUGCCACUCAGACUCAGUACAGUCAUCACACUGAAUGCACUAAAGCAUAA